AUGAAAUUUCCUUCUGGAAUGUUUUCCCCGAGUCCUAACCAUGUUUGUCUACUCAGAAAGUCUCUCUAUGGCUUAAAGCAAGCUUCACGGCAAUGGUAUGUUCGGCUUGCAGUAUAUGUAGAUGACAUUCUCAUUAGUGGUAAUGAUUCUUAUGAAAUUUCAGCACUUAAGUCUUUCCUUAGUUUAGAAUUCAAAGUCAGAGAUUUGGAAAAUCUGCAUUAUUUCCUAGGAAUGGAAAUUCUCAGGGAAGCACAAGGGAUCAUUCUCAGUGCUGAUGAAGGACCUUUGGUCUCCAAUCCCACUGUGUACCGGUAUCUCGUUGGGAAGCUGAAUUAUUUGACUCACACAAGGCCCGACUUGUCCUUUUUUGUCCUUAAGCUCAGCCAAUACAUGCAAAGUCCCCGACUUUCUCUUUAUAUGACAGCUAUUCGAGUUCUGAGGUACCUCUGUUCAGAUCCCGGACAAAGGAUCAUUUUAAACUCAGAUCCCUCUCAAAAGUUUGUUGCUUUUUGCGAUGCCGACAGGGCUUCUUGUCCUGAAUCUCGGUGUUCUGUUAGUGGCUUCUAUAUAGCUCUAGGGAGAUCACCCAUCACCAGGAAAUCCAAGAAACAAGCCUCAAUUUCUUUGUCCUCUGCUGAAGUAGAAUAUCGAUCUAUGCGCCGAGUUGUUGCUGAGUUGACAUGGUUAACUCGAUUACUUGAGGAUUUGUCUGUACCUCCAUCUUUACCUGUUCUUUACCUUUCCGGUCUAAUUUCACUCUCACAUAUUCCUUCCUCGCCACAGCUCACCGAUCUUUUCACCAAAUCUCUCUCAGGACCAGCUCAUAUUUCUGCUCUUCGCAAGUUGGAUAUUACUUUCGUUCCCUCCAACUUGAGGGGGUAUGUUGAGAUAAUAGUCUCUCAUGGUUCAUCUCAGAAGAAGAUUAAAGAAGAAAGUUAG